UUUUUGUAGAUUAAGUCAUGUGAAAAUGCAUUUUCCCCCCAUAUUCAUCGCUCCAGUCUAAUGCUGUCUACCUGUCUGUCUCCCUUGAAGAUAGUUCCGGAUAAACACAAUGUUUGCCUACAGCAAUGCUUGGCCAUAUCCCAGGAGUGUGUGGUUAGACGGCCAAAAAUUAUUUCGAAAAAUCCCAAAGGUGUAAUACGAAACGAGUGUUCUCAUACAAAAUGUGAUAAGGCAGGCCACACCAAAAUGGUUGGCUUCCAGGAUUCCUUGGACGAGUAUAUAAAAGGUGAACUCAUUUGCUGCCUCUUUCAAUAGUCGCGGAUAAGACGUGGUAGUGUUAAAGUCAGAGCAGAUACAUUUGAGCGAAUACGUUCUAUCGGGGCCAUGGAAACGUCUUCGCCAAAUAAUGCAGUGCCGGAGAAGGGUGCCGAGCCUAGGCUACCGGUUAAGACAUCACUGCAAUGGCAGCGUGCAGCAUUGAUGGCCAAAACCAUCACUGCAUUCAAGGAGACCGUAGAUGUGGAUAGCGACGAAGAUGUUGACAACAAGCAACAAAUCAAAUAUGGCAAACCCUCACAGGCCGCCUGGGCCAUCUUCUCGGAAUACUGUGAUAACAGCACCAUACAUGGCAUCAAAUACUUGGGUGAACAGAAGAGACCAGUGUGGGAAAGAUUGUUUUGGAUAAUGGUCUUUGUGUUCUCCAUAUACCUGUGUGCCUCUCUGACCAUGAACAUUUGGUUUAAGUGGAACAACAACCCUGUGAUUGUAAGUUUUGCCGAAAAAUCCACUCCCGUUUGGCAAAUACCCUUUCCAGCGGUUACUGUCUGCACGGAAACCAAAGCUCGACAAUCUUAUUUCAAUUUUACGGAUACCUAUUGGAGAUAUUACGAUUUCUAUGCGAAUGUGACAACGGAAAAUGUCACAGUAAGGGAAUUUAUUCAAUUGUAUUCAGCACUUCAAGUCUGCGAUGCCCAUUUGAUGGAAUUCAACGAUGGACAAAAUUAUACCAACAGUCUAGUAUUGCUGGAAACAUUGAGCGAUAUAAUGCCAGAAUUUCAGGAUAUUUUCCAAAAAUGCAAAUGGCGUAACAUGAUAACUGAAUGUGAUCAACUAUUUCGUACAUUCAUAACUGAUGAUGGACCGUGCUAUACUUUCAACACUUUAAGUGCUUUCGAUAUAUAUCGCAAAGAGGGCUUAAUUAAAGAUAUUCUUAUGAAUGUUGAGAGUCACACAACAACCGAUUGGAAUGUUGAGGAUGGCUACAGUGCAGAUGCCGACACAGAGACGUAUCCCUUUCGAGUUUUAGGUUCUGGAGCAAAGGCUGGAUUGGAUUUACUUUUGAGUGGCAUAGAAAAGGAUUUUGAUAAUUUGUGUCGUGGUCCAGUACAGGGAUUUAAGCUAGUGCUACAUACACCAGGUGAACAACCCCAAGUCGCCAAGCAGUAUUUUCGCAUACCCUUCAGUCAAGAGGUCUUGAUUGCCAUUAAACCCAAAAUAAUUACCACCUCUGAUGGUCUAAAACAUUAUGAGCCUCAUAGGCGUCAAUGCUUUUUCCAAAAAGAACGCGAUUUGCGAUUUUUCCAAAUCUAUACCCAAAGCAAUUGUGAACAGGAGUGCUUGGCCAAUUUCACUCUAACCAAAUGUGGCUGUGUAAAGUUCUCCAUGCCCAGAAAUAAAACGAUACCCGUUUGUGGAGCAAAAAAUGUCCUAUGCUUUAACAACGCUGAAGAUGAACUGGCAUUGAUUGAAUUUAAUCAGGGCAUAGCAACUUCGGGAGAAAAUUUCCGAGGUGAAACCACUUGCAAUUGUUUGCCGUCGUGUACCUCAAUAGCCUAUGAGGCGGAAAUAUCACAGGCGGAUUAUGAUUAUUCAGCUUCUUUAAAGGGCAAAGCAAACCACACGGAAGUGGAUGAAAGUGUUUUAAACACCAAAAAGACCCGUUUGUCUAUAUUCUUCAAAGAAGCCCAAUUCCUUACAUCCAAGAGGUCGGAAUUGUAUGGUACCACCGAUUUUCUAGCCAAUUGUGGUGGUCUAUUGGGUCUCUUUAUGGGUGUUUCCACUCUAAGUAUAGUGGAGAUUGUUUACUUUUGUACUGUACGUCUUAUUACGAAUUUAAAGAUGCGUUAUAAAAAACGCAAAGAAAUCGGUGAUGGUGAAAAGGAUGGUGAAAAAAAUGCCUAAGUUUGUUGUGGUGUAAAUGGGUUGUAAGUGUUUUUUUCAUUUGACUAUUAACAGAUUUGUGAUCUUAUGAACAUGUAAAAAUCACCCUUGUAACUUGUUGUGUUAAACUCAU